ACCCAUACCUGCAUGCGCUCAAAGUAUGGGUGGACCACAGCUCAACCACCAUGGUAAAAAGUAAGAUAGUUCCUGCUUGUCUCUUCCGCAAUGCCGUGCGGUUGCAGCAUCCGAUAAAAGCAGUUGAAAUUACUCUUCUCCAUGCUUUGAAGCAUUUCGAAGUUCAUCUCGAUGCAUCGCAGGCCGACCUGCCCAGCAUCUGUCCAGAAAUCCGCGACAUGCUCAUGGAUGCAGUGGAUAGUGCAGCGAGUGCUUUCCGCUUCAAGAAUUCGCGAGCCUCUGUAGCCUUCCAGUGCCCUUGCAGCCCAGACGACGUGCACACUGCAACUCCAAAUGAAGCCCACUCCAACCUCAUCUGCACACUGACGGGGAAGAACAUUCGAGGAGGCCUUACACCUGCUCAGAGGGUGUGGCUUGGACCACAAACUGCUCCAGUUGCCGAGUCAGCUACAACUUCUCUCUCGACUAGUGAACCUGUGUCGUCUAUCACUGACCCUCCCUCUCCGUCUACCAGAAUGGGUCGUCCAACUCUGCCUCAGUUGCUGCGUCUCAAGAUACCACAGAGAGUUGGUUCCAACUACUCCACAUUUGGAAUCCUUCUCCUCAACGACACAGUCGGGAGUCGAGUCGACAGCCUCGAGGAACUGUCCAAGAAACCAGAGAAGAUAGUUCUGCGAAUUCUCCAGGAGUGGGUGGAGGGGAGGGGGGUGGAGCCAGUGACGUGGGAGACACUCAUCAAGACACUCAGAGACUGCGACCUCUCAGAUCUGGCUGACGAGGUUCACCAGAAACUGCCGUCAUCUCACUCCUGAUCUUGUGUACAUCUCACCCUUGACCUCUCUCUCUCUCUUGGACAACGAUUGCAUCUUUACUGUAUUUCAUUUCCAGCUACUAUUGAGCGCCAAGUAGCAUACGAGUUUUAUGCACAUUUAUCGAUCAAAGUGAUAUCAAAACGCGGCGUUUGAGGUUUUGGACGAUGUUGUUCUGUCUACAGUUUACAUGUACUGGUACGACAUUGUGUAUGUAUGUGUAACGCCUGUUAAGUAGCUGCCCCACAGGAAGUGAGGACUUAAUAGGUGUUAAGUGUUUAGUGUAAAGACAUGCAGAUGGUUAUCCUAUUCACUGUCUUCCUUUCUCCCUCCUUCUUCCUUCUGUCACCUUCCACCUACAUCCUUACUAGCCUUAUCAUACACACUUUGUACCACAGAAGCCCUAGAAAUCAAAGGCACCCCACGC